AUGGCCAAGGAAGGCCUGACCAGGAUACACUACAACCCUUCAGACAAAUUCUGGGACAGGUAUAGGAGGGAGGACUUGGAAAUGGUUGACAACCAGGGGCGCUGUGUCAUCACGGACCACGGUGCAUUCGUGCUGUUCAACUGCUACGGCCCAGCAGUUACAAACAUCACGAGCGACCGAUUUGCAUUCAAAAUGCAGUACUAUGAGGCCACCAUGCUCACAGACCGGCCAGACAGAGCAUGGUUUCGGCGAUGGCUGCACCAGGAGGGCGGCCCCCUGGUGGAUCUAUUCAGGAAGAUGCAUCCGAGUGAGCAGAAGGCCUACACUGUCUGGAACAUGGCAACGCUAGCCAGGAAGCGUAAUCACGGUAGCAGGGUGGAUUUCCUGCUGGCCGGCAGGCCUGAUCCAGCCAUGAAGGACCAUACAGCAGCCCCAGAAGAGAAGGAACUAGCAGGGGAGCCCUUUGAGGACCUGUUCACAGACGUGCGCAUCUGGAGCACCUUUGAGGGCUCAGACCAUGCGCCGGUGUGGGCCGAUCUGCAGCUGCCAGGCAGCUUCCGCAAGGGGGAGCGACCUCCCCCCCUCAGCCUAGCCAACAGGAGAACAGGUGCAAACGCAGCGGGCGCCGCCAGCUAA